CCUGCCCCGCCGCGCCGCUCCGCACGUGUGCGUGUGGCUGGAAAUCCAUAUCGCACAUUAAUAUCCAUCCAUAUCCCAAAUUCAGAGGUCGACCUGAGAGCAGCUCGGUGCAUACGAAACCAGACGGGGAGGGGUUGCUGGGGAGGCCCGGGCUUCCAUUGGCUGCAAGCGUUCGCCGCGGUGCGGGGGUAUCUCUAAUCAUAUUCAGCAUGUUUUGCACAAGAAAUGUCAGCCAGGAAGGGCUAUCCGCUCCCUUCGCCAAAUUAUUCCACGACAAUGUCAUGCUCCGAGAGCCCGGCUGCAAACUCUUUCCUGGUGGACUCGUUGAUCAGCGCGGGCAGAGGGGACGCGGCGGGAGCAGGAGGCGGAGGCGGAGGAGGAGGCGGCUACUACCCGGGCAGCGGGCUCUACCUGCCACAGGCGUCCGAGCUGUCCUACGGGCUGCAGGGCUGCGGACUGUUCCCCGUCCUGGGCAAACGCAAUGAAGGUACCUCGCAAAGCAUGGUCCCCAGCACGCACUCCUACGUGUCGGGGAUGGAAGUGUGGCUAGACCCGCCCCGCUCCUGUCGCAUGGAAGAGCCGGAGAGCCAGCAGGCCACCUCUUGCUCCUUCGCUCAAAACAUUAAGGAGGAGAGCUCCUACUGCCUCUAUGACUCAGAGAAAUGCCCCAAGGGCUCGGCCGCCGCCGACCUCGCUCCCUUUCCGCGGCUGAGCGCCGAGGUCAGCCCCUCCGCCAACGGCACCGGGGUGCCGGUCCCGGGCUACUUCCGCCUCUCCCAGGCUUACGGCACCUCCAAGGGCUACGGC